AUGUGUGCGCGCGGCGCUGGCUCUCGGCCGCCGGAAAGCUGCUGCACCGGUUCGGAUUUGGUUGGCUUGCAUCCGCCUUCAGACUUUCGCGAGGAAGGAGCCCAGAUUAUUGCGGACCGAGCCCGGUUGGAGUUGGGCGACCGCUUAACCCUUUGCGACCAGGCAUCAGAUGCCAGCUCUGAAAAACUCUUCAACACUGUUAUUGUAAACAAAGAUCCGGAGUUAGGUGUCGGCACGCCACCGGAACAUGACAGCCAGGAUGCAGGGCCGAUUGUCCCCAAGAUAUCGGGUCUAGAGAGAAGCCAGGAGAAGAGCCAGGACUGUUGCAAAGAGCCAAUCUUUGAGCCUGUGGUGCUUAAAGACCCCUGCCCUCAGGUCCCACCACCGCUAGCCCAGCCCCAGGCGGAGCCUCAACUCCGAGCUCCUUCUCCGGCCCCUGACUUGGUGCAGCGCGCAGAGGCCGUGCCUCAGCCCCCUCCUUCAAGUACACAGCCUCCACAGGGCCCGCCUGAGGCCCCGCUCCAGCCUGCCGGCCACCCCGGCCACAGUCCCCUGCCCAGCUGCUCCACCAGAACCCUCCACCGGUGCAGGCCCACCCCUCAUCUCAGAGCCUCUCCCAGCCACUGUCCGCCUACAACAGCAGUAGCCUAAGCCUCAACAGUUUAAGCAGUAGCAGAAGCAGUACUCCAGCGAAGACUCAACCCGCCCCUCCUCACAUCUCCCACCACCCCUCCGCCUCCCCGUUCCCCCUCUCCCUGCCCAACCACAGCCCCCUGCACAGCUUCACACCCACCCUCCAGCCCCCCCCACACUCACAUCACCCCAAUAUGUUUGCCCCUCCCACGGCUUUGCCUCCUCCACCACCACUGACAUCAGGGAGUCUGCAGGUCCCCGGACACCCAGCCGGGAGCACUUACUCAGAGCAAGAUAUCUUGCGACAGGAACUGAACACACGUUUUUUGGCCUCUCAGAGUGCUGACCGUGGGGCUUCCCUGGGCCCUCCGCCCUACCUGCGGACUGAGUUCCAUCAGCACCAGCACCAGCACCAGCACACGCACCAGCACACGCACCAGCACACCUUCACGCCAUUCCCCCACGCCAUCCCGCCCACCGCCAUCAUGCCGACGCCAGCACCUCCCAUGUUUGACAAAUACCCUACAAAAGUUGACCCAUUCUACCGGCACAGUCUCUUCCAUUCCUACCCUCCUGCAGUGUCGGGCAUCCCCCCUAUGAUUCCACCCACUGGCCCUUUUGGUUCACUCCAAGGAGCAUUUCAGCCGAAGCCCCAUCCGUCUGCAGAUAGGGUCUGCCUGCAGGUGGACAGCAGCCGCCUGCUUUUUACAUCCAACCCUAUCGAUGUUGCUGCUCGGCCUGGGACAGUCCCACACACUUUACUUCAAAAGGACCCAAGGUUGACAGAUCCUUUCAGACCUAUGUUAAGGAAACCAGGAAAGUGGUGUGCUAUGCAUGUUCACAUCGCCUGGCAGAUUUACCAUCACCAACAGAAAGUCAAGAAACAGAUGCAGUCGGAUCCCCAUAAGCUGGACUUUGGACUGAAACCUGAGUUCCUGAGCCGCCCUCCGGGCCCUAGUCUCUUUGGAGCCAUCCACCACCCCCACGACCUGGCACGGCCUUCCACUUUGUUCUCUGCCGCUGGUGCUGCACACCCAACUGGGACCCCUUUUGGGCCACCACCUCAUCACAGCAACUUUCUGAACCCUGCCGCUCACCUAGAGCCUUUUAACCGGCCAUCCACAUUCACAGGCCUAGCAGCAGUCGGUGGCAAUGCCUUCGGAGGACUUGGAAAUCCUUCAGUUACACCCAACUCAAUGUUCGGCCACAAGGAUGGCCCCAGUGUGCAGAACUUUAGCAACCCUCACGAACCCUGGAACCGGCUGCACCGAACGCCUCCGUCGUUCCCGACCCCUCCGCCCUGGCUGAAGCCAGGGGAGCUGGAGCGCAGCGCGUCCGCUGCAGCUCAUGACAGAGAUAGAGAUGUAGAUAAACGGGACUCAUCUGUUAGUAAAGAUGACAAAGAAAGGGAAAGCGUCGAGAAGAGACACUCCAGCCAUCCUUCACCAGCACCUAUCCUCCCGGUGAACGCCCUGGGACAUAACCGCAGCUCCACUGAACAGAUCAGGGGUCAUUUGAACACUGAGGCUCGCGAGAAAGACAAAUCCAAAGAGAGGGAGAGAGACCACUCAGAGUCCCGUAAGGACCUGACUGCCGAUGAGCACAAGACAAAGGAGGGCCACUUGCCUGAGAAGGAGGGGCAUGGCCAUGAGGGGCGUGCCGUGGGCGAAGAGGCCAAGCAGCUGGCCCGGGUGCCGUCGCCCUACGUGCGGACCCCCGUAGUGGAGAGUGCCAGGCCUAAUAGCACCUCGAGCCGGGAGGCUGAGCCACGCAAGAGCGAGCCGGCCUACGAGAACCCCAAGAAGAACUCAGAGGUCAAGGUGAAGGAGGAGCGGAAGGAAGACCACGACCUGCCUCCGGAGGCCCCACAGACCCACCGGUCUUCAGAGCCACCUCCUCCAAACUCCUCGUCCAGUGUACACCCGGGGCCCUUGGCGUCGAUGCCCAUGACGGUGGGGGUGACAGGCAUUCACCCCAUGAACAGCAUCGGCAGCCUGGACAGGACUCGCAUGAUGACCCCCUUUAUGGGCAUCAGUCCCAUCCCGGGUGGAGAGCGUUUCCCGUAUCCUUCUUUCCACUGGGACCCCAUACGAGACCCCUUGAGGGAUCCUUACCGAGAACUGGACAUUCACCGGAGAGACCCGCUGGGCAGGGACUUUCUGCUAAGAAAUGACCCACUCCACCGUCUCUCGACUCCCCGGCUGUAUGAAGCUGACCGCUCCUUCAGGGACAGGGAGCCUCAUGAUUAUAACCACCACCACCACCACCACCACCACCCUCUGUCUGUGGACCCCCGGCGGGAACAUGAGCGAGGAGGCCACCUAGAUGAGCGGGAGCGUUUGCACAUGCUCAGAGAAGACUACGAGCACACGCGGCUCCAUUCUGUCCACCCAGCCUCCCUCGAUGGACACCUCCCCCACCCCAGUCUCAUCACUCCGGGACUCCCCAGCAUGCAUUACCCCAGAAUCAGCCCCACCUCAGGGCACCAGAACGGACUCCUCAACAAGACCCCUCCCACAGCAGCGUUGAGCGCACCUCCCCCGCUCAUUUCCACGCUGGGGGGCCGCCCUGUCUCUCCCCGAAGGACUACUCCUCUGUCAGCAGAGAUCAGGGAGAGACCUCCUUCCCACACGCUGAAGGACAUCGAAGCUCGAUAAGGAGAGAAUAGGAGCACGGACGAGAAAGACGACAUCCUGAGCAAACACAACCCAUGACUGUAAAGAGAGAACUCCUCCUCAUUCACAGACUGGGGUGAAAGGCCCCACCUCUUCCCCUUGUAAAAAAUGUACAGACUCAGUGCAGAUUUUGAAAUGUUUUUGUAUAUUAUAUGUUGGAAUUUUUCAGAUCUUUUAGCCAAGUCAUAUGUUCUCAUGUCUCCUCCUCUUUUUGUUUCUUGUAUGAAACUUUUUGAUUUGAAUGAAAACAGUGAAGAUGAUACACACCAAUUUGAUGAUAAUUUGGCAGGGGGAGUCCCACCAUCCAUCAUGCAAAGCUCUUUCAGAUGUUAAGGGAAGGCCGUUGUAUAUAGUUAUGUAAAAAAAGAUUGCUUCAUGAGCUAAUGGUUCAUAUAUGCAAAAGGGUAAGAUGAAAGCUUUACUUUGUACAAAUGUAAAUAGAUAAAGAUUAAGUAACAUAAUACAUUAAUACUUCUUAAAAUGUGCUAUUUGCAAACUUAAUAUCAGUGAACACAGUCUGCUAAGGCUGUGUUCCCAUAUAUUGUUAUAGACAGCUAAACCCUUCAACUAUGCAAUGAAUGUUAGGGCUUUUCACAAAAGCCCGCCUAACUCAAAGGAGCCUUUUCAAAUCCAUUUACAACAUACUUAAGGUCAUAUUUUCCCUGAACAAGCUCUUACGUGAUAUGACUCUGUUUUCCUUGCUUGUUUUCUUUCAAAUGGAGAAACAUCCUGUUUUGCAAAAUGGACCCCAGGCUGGAACUUUGCAUCUGAAGUUGCCGCUUGUGGGCUUUGGGGAGAGUGCAACCCCAGGAAGGUAACUGAGGACAUGAGCGACCAGUGCCAGGGAGGAUGGGAUUUGUCAGAUGCCAAAAUCAGGGGACGGGUUGUGGUGUCUGUGAGACACAAACAGGUCGCCAGAAUCCUGUCACCAUCAGUCACAUGAUUUCACACACACCUCAUGUGGGAACCAUGCCUUUUUUAGUGUGUCCUGUUUCACAUCUGUACACACUUCCUUGUUUUGUAAUGCAAUUUAAUUACACCCAAACAGAUCCUGAAAGAAAGCUUCAAGUUUUCUCAGAUGAUGGAUAUGUUUUCACUGUAUUCAAUAACUGACGAAUUUAAGGUGCACAUUUUCCCAAUGUGACUCACUGUAUUCCAGUUGGUAAUAAAGUCUGAGAAUAGCCGCAACAGGCCAACCUUGUGGGGCUAUUGACAGUUACAAAGGGUGAGAGGUGGCAGAGAAGUCUUGUGUGUGCGUGUUUUUGAGUUUGCAUCAAUCUUAAUGUCUCUUCAUAAUACUUUUAUAAUACAUUAAGCCUCUUGUCUACAUAUUUGGAGAGAAUAUGACUUUACUAGCAAAGAAAUACAAUAUAUCUUGUCUACUGGACUGUAAAAUAUAUGUAUGAAAUAAAAUUAGUUCCAUUUGGUCUUCUAGUAUAUUAAAGUGCUAUCUGACGUUGUUAUCCUGUUUUUGCAAAAAAAAAAAAAAGUUAACUACAGACCAUUGUUUCUAAUAAGCAGAGAGAUCUAUUUUAGUAGUAAACUGAAGGUUUAGUUGUGAGCUUCAGAUUUUUGUGAACUCCAGAUGUUGUGCAGUGUUUUUUUCUUUCUUUCUUUUUUUUUUUUUUAAGACAACAACUUAAAAAAAUCCGAGGAAUAUGUACACUGGAACUGUAGUGGUAGCUUUCAGUAUUGUAAAGAGAUUGUUCUAUACAGACCUUUUUGCUGUUUAUCCUGUAUGUAAUAAAGUCCUUUCUAGAUCCUAUGUGAAAAGAAAAGUGAAGCAACUGAAUCUUCAGCAUGUUCUCAUCGGCGGAGCCUUCUUGUGUAAUGUAAACUGUGCCAUGUUAUUAAAAAAUGUGAACUAA